AUGGACGCAUUUGAGGCUAGGUUACGAUUUGUGGAUGUCAUUAAACACUUACACAAGACUCUUCAUAAGAAAAGAGAGACAUCGCCUGGCGCAGAUGGAGACUCUACGAUCAGUGCAGCUGCAAUGGCAAUAGCAGGCUCAACUGGAACAGGAGCAGCGGGUAGUAACGGGAAUGCUUCUGCCUCGGGAAGUAGCUCGUCUCUGCUGCAAGACCCUGUACAAUUUUAUUUGAAGCACUACGAGCACCAUUUUGAAGAUUUCCAUCAGUGCUUCUUUCUAACGACAGCAAAUAUGGACUCGUUGGACCGUUUGAACGUAUUGAUAUACUGGAGCAGGAUUAUUUCAUCUCUCUGGUCUCGGUGUCUGAAGAACAUGGACGAGCAAUGGAAUAUCCAAGGGAAGGUCAUGUUCGAGUAUCUAUUAUUGGAUUUGAAUAGGAUGAUCGAUUUAGUACUACCAAAAGAGGAUUGGAAAGCGUUGACAAAUUUGCCCGUAGCCAUAGAGGUGAUUCAGUUUAUCUCUUCAUUAGUCACCGGUAAUUCCAGUGAUAUGGAUGUAUCAGAACAGAAUCAGAACAGCAUUGAAGAGUGCUGGAAAUUGUUAUCGCAGGAUAGACAGGAAACGGUAAACCAGUUCAAUCAGUUGGAAUGGGACUGCAUUGAGAAAAAACAAUUUGCCGUUGGAUUGGAAUGGGUCCAGUACAGAAAACAAUCACGAUGCGACUCAUCAUUAUUGCAGUGCCUUCAACUGCUUGUAGAUAGAAGGCGCAAGGCGUUUAUUUUACAAGAAUGUUACAGGAAACAUAGCGUUCUUGCGUUACCAAUCUCUUCACAAUUACAAACGCUUCUACAUAGAAUGGAAAACGACAGAGAACGACACAAGAAAUCUAAGGAACACGAGUGGGUUAUUGACCGCGCCACUAUGACAGAUACGCUAGAGUUUGAUACUGUUUGGAACUCUUACGCAUUAGGAAUGAACAGAAAUGAUUAUCAGAAUAUCAAAACUAUUCAAGAGAUUGCCCAACAAAGUUACAUGUAUCUAGACAAUAGUACUCUUGGACAAUCUAAUUAG